AGCAACAGAAACAUCAGGAAAUGGAGCUGGGGAGAGGAAAACCUGCAUAACCACAAAAGAAAUUCAGGACUUAAAAGCAAUGAGUCAAACAUCUCUGAAACAGAAAAAGAAGAAUGAGACUGGAUCGAGGAACUCAAAAGACAGCCUAGACACAGACAAAAGAAAGGAUUCUGAGAAAUCAGGAGUUCGUCUGAGCACUCAGAUGAGGCGUGCAGUCAAUCCGAAUCACUUGCUGAGAUGUUGCCCCAUGCGAGGUCACUCGUCGUGUAGACGCUGCCUUUGUGCAGCUGAGGGAACAGUACCUCUUGGCCCCUGCCGCACAAUACGUAUUUAUAUUCACAUGUGCCUGUUGUGGGAGCAGGGCCGGCAGAUCACCAUGAUCAGGGGAUCGAAGGAACUAUCACUGCCAAAGACUGAUUCUCGAGGGUACCUUGUGCGAAAUCAGUGGUCCCGAACUUCACGAAGCCCAUCCACCAGAGGUCCAUCAAUAGACGAACCCCGAAGCAAGAGCACCAGUCUUAAGCUCCCCAGUAGCUCCACGACCUCCCGGACUUCAUCUACCUCCCCCAGCCAGCAAGAUUCCCUGAAGCAGCUGCCAGAGGAGCCCUCGCCGCCCACGCCGCCUAUGCCUUCCACUCCACCCAUGCCUCUCGACUCGCGUCCUCCCACCCCCCCGGAGCCCUACAGCUCUUCCCGGCGCAGCACGAAGAUGCAUGAGAAUCCCGAAGCCUGGGCUCACGGCAUCAUGGGGGAUAUCCGGGACUCCCGGGACUCCACGCAGCUGCGGGAUUACCCGCGCACGCCCCCCACCGAAUGGAAGUCAUACGCCCAGCGCAGAUCCACCUACUCCUCCCAGCUAGACCGCGACUGUCUGUCGGAACUGCCCAGGCAGCAUCAUCAACGGGAGGAAGAGGACGAGGACGAAGCCUACUGGGCCUCAGUGAAAACUCUGUAUGAGAAGAUCCCGAGCUGCUCCCGCCCCCGACCGCCCAAACCCAAGAAUGCCAUCACCAUCGCUGUGUCAUCCCGGGCGCUUUUCAACAUGGUGGACGGCAGGAAAAUCUAUGAGGAAGAGGGUCUAGAAAAGUACAUGGAAUAUCAGCUCAACAACGAAAAUGUCAUCCUGACCCCAGGGCCCGCAUUCCGCUUUGUUAAGGCACUGCAGCAUGUCAAUGCUAGACUCCGUGAGCUGUAUCCUAAUGAACAGGACUUAUUUGAUAUUGUACUGAUGACUAAUAACCAUGCCCAAGUGGGAGUGCGGCUUAUAAACAGCGUCAAUCACUACGGCUUACUAAUUGACCGCUUCUGUCUGACUGGUGGAAAAAGCCCUAUUGGCUAUUUGAAGGCAUAUCUUACCAACUUGUAUCUUUCUGCAGAUUCCGAAAAAGUACAAGAAGCAAUACAAGAAGGGAUCGCGUCUGCAACAAUGUUUGAUGGCGCCAAAGACAUGGCUUACUGUGACACACAGCUCCGCGUGGCCUUUGAUGGCGAUGCCGUCCUCUUCUCUGACGAAUCUGAACAUAUUGCCAAGGAGCAUGGGCUGGACAAAUUCUUUCAGCAUGAAACACUAUUUGAGAAUAAGCCUCUUGCUCAGGGUCCCUUAAAAGGCUUUCUGGAAGAUUUAGGCAGACUGCAAAAGAAGUUUUAUGCCAAAGACGAACGGUUACUUUGCCCUAUCAGGACCUACCUGGUUACAGCCAGGAGUGCGGCCAGUUCAGGCGCCCGUGUGCUGAAAACCCUUCGCCGCUGGGGUCUAGAGAUAGACGAAGCUCUUUUCCUUGCUGGAGCCCCCAAAGGUCCCAUUUUGGUGAAGAUAAGGCCCCACAUUUUCUUUGAUGACCACAUGUUCCACAUUGAAGGCGCACAGAAGCUCGGCACCAUCACAGCUCAUGUACCUUAUGGCAUUAAUCAAAAAAUGAACAAUUAGGGAUGGG